AACGCCUCAGGAGAAGCUCCAAAAUGGCUCCUCACACUCGUCGCGCUCUCGUCCUGCAACGACGACGUGUGGUGUGUGCAUGGCUCACAUGCGCCAACCCUUCUCUAUCUCUCUGGGUUCUGAUCUCCUCAACAGGACCUCUCAACAAAACGCUUACGACCCCUAUCGGCCAUUCUCUCUCUAUCGUUCGAUCGAUGGAUCUGUUGAACGCCGUCCUGAACUCUGUGGUGCCACCGGCAAGCAUGAUCAUUCUGGCCUUCGCCUGGCCAACCAUCUCCUUCCUCCAUGCCUUGGAGUGGUUCUUCAAGACCUUGUACAGAGAGAACAUGGAGAACAAGGUGGUUCUCAUCACUGGAGCCUCCUCGGCCAUCGGAGAGCAAUUAGCUUAUGAAUAUGCAAGAAGAAAAGCAAAUUUGGUGUUGGUAGCAAGGAGGGAGAAUCGACUUUGGGGAAUCAGGGAGAACGCUAGACUCUUGGGUGCCAAGCAUGUACUUGUGAUGGCUGCUGAUGUUGUCAAGGAAGAGGAGUGCAGAAGAUUUAUAAGUGACACCAUAAGUUACUUUGGCCAUUUGCAUCAUCUUGUCAACACUGCAAGCCUGGGGCAUAACUUCUACUUUGAGGAGGCCACAGACCCUGCUGUCUUUCCACACAUGAUGGAUAUCAAUUUCUGGGGAAAUGUUUAUCCAACCUAUGUUGCCCUUCCAUACUUGAGGCAAACCCGCGGCCGAAUCCUUGUCGAUGCAUCCAUGGAGAGUUGGCUUCCUAUGCCAAGGAUGAGCCUUUAUGCAGCAGCAAAGGCGGCCGUGGUUAAUUUCUACGAGACCUUAAGAUUUGAACUGGAAGAAGAUGUAGGCAUCACGAUUGCAACCCAUGGGUGGAUAGGUAGCGAUGUUAGCAGAGGGAGGUUUAUGCUCGAGGAGGGAGCAGAGAUGCAAUGGAAGGAAGACAGAGAGGUGCGCCUCGCAGGAGGGCAUGUCGAAGAGUUUGCGAAGCUGAUGGUCGCAGACGUGUGUCGGGGCUACGCACACGCGAAGCAUCCGAGCUGGUACGACGUCUUCCUGCUGUAUCGAGUUUUCGCGCCGGACAUCCUUGGUUGGGCAUUCCGCUUGCUGUUACCGAACGACGACAGAGCCAAGCCGACUUCGGGACGACUAUUUCCGGAGGCCUCGUCUCCUCGAAAGCCGAUCGCCGCCUUCUCUUCAGCUUCUCCCCGGCGUCUAUCGGAAGUUGAAUGAAGCUUUUGUGUUCUGCAGGUCGUCGUCUUUGUGGGUGAGUGUGUGUUUCAUGAUCAGGACCGAGUAGAAACUACUUGCUGUGGAUCUUUGAGAGAGUUGUUUCCUUCGUCUUUUAUGUAAGAAUUGAAUGCAGCCAACAAGUCAUCAGCAUU